UCCAGUCAUCUUAAAAAUCUAAAUAAUUGUGGAUGCUUAUCCUUGGUUGUUGUCUUUAUUUUGUCCUCCUUUCUUUCAAAGGAAUUUAGUGGCUAUGUGCAACAAAUUAAAUAUGGUGUGGAUAGGAUUGAGUCAACCAUGCCAAGAGUGUAUCAGCUGGCAGCUGGCGGGACUGCAGUUGGUACAGGAUUAAACACGAGAAUUGGCUUUGCUGAGAAAGUUGCUGCUAAAGUGGCUGAACUGACAGGUUUGCCUUUUGUCACUGCUCCAAAUAAGUUUGAAGCUCUUGCGGCUCACGAUGCUCUGGUUGAACUCAGUGGAGCUAUGAACACAGUGGCAUGCAGUCUGAUGAAAAUAGCUAAUGACAUUCGUUUCCUGGGUUCCGGACCACGCUCUGGCCUAGGAGAACUCAUCCUGCCUGAAAAUGAACCAGGAAGCAGCAUCAUGCCAGGAAAAGUGAACCCUACCCAGUGUGAAGCUGUAACCAUGGUGGCAGCCCAAGUGAUGGGAAACCAUGUUGCUGUUACUGUAGGAGGUAGUAAUGGACACUUUGAACUGAAUGUUUUUAAGCCCAUGAUGAUUAAAAAUGUUUUAAACUCUGCAAGACUUCUUGGAGAUGUUUGUGUUUCUUUCACUGACAACUGUGUAGUUGGAAUCCAAGCCAAUACAGACAGGAUCAACAAACUCAUGAGUGAAUCUCUGAUGUUGGUAACGGCUCUUAACCCGCACAUAGGCUACGAUAAAGCCGCCAAGAUUGCCAAAACGGCGCACAAGGAAGGGACGACCCUGAAGGAGGCGGCCAUCAAGCUGGGGUUCCUCACCUCCGACCAGUUCGAUCAGUGGGUGAAGCCUACAGACAUGUUGGGUCCUCAGUAACUUCUGUACAGAGAAGUGCUCUUACCAUAACAACGCAUACAAUAAAAGAAAUGCGA